GCAAAAACUAUACUAAUAUAAACUUAUAGCACUGAUAAGCCACAAUGUAUGGAUUGGUUAUCGCUUACAUAUUUUCUCUGUGUUUAUUUUUAACAAGAACCGAAUUAAAUUACACUAUAUAUCGUUCAGCGGAUGACCAACACUUGAAAGUGAAAUUUGACGGAUCGAUAGAGCUGUCUGGAUCGGACGAGCAGAACACAGUGUCGUACAAACUGGACUUCGGUGUUAUGAAUGAAGUUCAAAAUGUCAGUGCGAUGUCAGACAGAAACAGCGAUAUAAUGAGUGAAAAAGGAACUGAAGGAAGGACGUCGGAUAAUUCCGAAAUCAAGGGCUCUAAGAUCCUUGAUGGCAAUAUCAGUGGCGGGAAGUCCGAGAUGGUGAGGGAGAGGAAGAACAAUAAUAUUACCGAGUCAGCAAGAAUAGAAGACACAGACAGUUUAGACGAGAACAAUAGAGAGUUUUCGAAUCAUGGCAAUAUUGGCAAUGCUGAAAAAUCAUCGUCGGAGGGGGAAAGCAAUACUUCACCCAAAAGAUUAAGAGCAGCAUCAAACGAGACAUCAGAUUAUUCAGAAUAUCAGAUGGAUGACGACAGUGCAGAGAAUGGAGUGUCAAAUGAGGAACACGAUUCUGUGCCCACUUCAUUAACGACGGGAGUAAAGGAUAAACAAGCUAAGAUGUCCGGCCGUUUAGAGAAUUCGACAUUGGAAGGAGGGAGCAAUGAGCCAUUAAGAGUUGGAAUAAAUGAUACAUCAGAUAUUACCGUAGCCCAGCCAUUUCAGGAAAAUAAUGUCGAGGAUGUCAACAACCCAGCGUUCGUCCCUACUGACCUUAAGCUCGACCUUACGACCACAGUCACCAGCUCGACCACGACCAAAUUCAAACGCCACAAGGUCCAAGACGAUGAGAGGAUACGAAAGUUUACGGGGCAUGUAUAUGAACAGGCUCUGAAGGUUUUCGAAUCAAUGAAAAAGAAAACGGAUCCUUACACGGGCACGAAGAUCGACGCGUUGGCCGAGACUUACAAGCAGAAAUUCACGGAUUUCGUGAAAAAUACCAGAAAUGUAGACAUUAGAACUGAACAGGGAACCCAGAACGUUAUAUUGCAUACCAUAGACACUUCUAACUUGAUAUUGGAGAGGAUUGCCAAUUUUCUAAAGACUGAUAUGCUUGGCGAAGGUACAAAUGCGUUGAGGCAAGGCGGCGCGUCUCGGCUCCAAAAAGAAGUGGACACGGUGAAAUCGCUGGAGCACCAGCAUGCGUGCAAAAUGUUUGGGAUCUGCCGUAGCGCUAACGGAUUCAGAGAUCAACUCCAAAACAUCAUAUCAACAAUCCUCUCUCUCCCAAACAACAAACUACUUCAAGCGAAUGACGCAGCUACAGAAAUACUAAAAAACGCCGACUUAUCAGCCUUCAUAUCAUCCUAUGCCACCCACCACCGACUCGACAAAGCAAUCAGAUCCUUAGAAAAUAUUGACGUCAGAACAUUGAGAAAUAACUUAGAACUAUUAUUCGGCGUUUUAAGCCAAUCGCACUUACCUCUAAUAGUCCACAAUGCUAAAUCUUUUGAAAAACAUUCGGUAAAACGAACGGUGUCUUUUCACGCUCUCUUAGAUGCUUUAGAAGACGCUUUGCCCCCUACUGAGGCUAAUAAGUCCGAGUGGGGGGACAUUGGGAAACGUUUGAAGAUGUGGAAAGAUGGGGGGGUGUUGGAUGUGCAGGAAACGAUGAAGAUUUUAUAUGAUAAUGUGAACAGGGGGGCGCAGAAGUAUAGAGAACGGUCGGAGAAGAUUAGAGAGCUGGUUGAAGAUGUCGCUGAAAGUGUUUUUGAUUAUGAUGAUGAUGAGUAAAUGUUGAUUUUGUUUUUUUUU